AUGGCAGAAGGGGCAAGGCCCUACCUGCAACCAGCGGUGGAGCAGCCUGCACCACCGUGCUUCUCCGAAGAGAGCUUGGCUGCACCGAACUGUCACAAGGAGAACUGGAGCAGUUCACAAAGGAGCAAGAAAGCCAUGCAAGCCGGGGUCGCGGCAGCCAGCAGGAGUUCCAAUGGCAGCGGCACAGACAGUUCCGACGUUGCUCUCGGUGUUUGCACAGAAGCCAUGACUUUUGCUGAAGUGUUGGAGGAAGAGGAUUGGGAAUCCUUUUAUUAUUCCUUCAAGACAGAACAGCUUGUGACCCUUUGGAUUUUAUUUGUCGUAACAGUUGUUGGGAACGCCAUUGUUUUGCUGUCCACCUGGAAGAGAAAGAGGCAAUCCAGAAUGACUUUUUUCGUUACUCAGCUAGCCAUAACAGAUUGCUUUACAGGCCUUAUAAAUAUUAUGACGGAUAUAAUUUGGCGCUUCACUGGAGAUUUCAUGGCCCCUGAUCUUGUCUGUCGAAUUGUUCGCUAUUUGCAGGUUGUGCUCUUGUAUGCCUCGACCUACGUUCUGGUGUCACUGAGCAUAGACAGAUAUCACGCCAUCGUGUAUCCCAUGAAGUUCUUUCAAGGUGAAAGGCAGGCCAAAAUUCUCAUUGUGGUUGCCUGGGGCCUCUCCUUCCUGUUUUCAAUCCCAACCCUCAUCAUAUUCGGGAAGCGGAAACUGCCCAAUGGGGAAGUGCAGUGUUGGGCCGUUUGGCCGGAUGACUCUUACUGGAUCCCCUACAUGACCACAGUUGCCUUUCUGGUAUAUUUUAUUCCUCUGAUUAUUAUCAGUGUUAUUUACUUCAUUGUGAUUCGGACAAUUUGGGUUAAAAGUAAAGCCCAUGCUGUGAUUAUAUCCAACUGUUCUGAUGACAAAUUCUGUGUCAGCUAUACCCAUCGAGGACUCAUAUCAAAGGCAAAAAUCAAGGCUAUCAAGUACAGUGUGGUAAUAAUCCUUGCGUUUGUGCUCUGCUGGAGUCCUUACUUUCUCUUUGAUAUCCUGGACAACUUCAACAUCCUCCCCGACACCAAAGAACGCUCCUAUGCAGCCGUGAUUAUUCAGAACCUGCCUGCUUUAAACAGCGCCAUCAACCCCAUCAUAUACUGCAUCUUCAGCAACACCUUUUGCCAUGCUUUCAGGCAAAGAAGAUCAGGCAAUUUGGGAACUUUCAGAGAAAGAACAGAAGGGCAGGAGAUGCAGGUUCUGUCCAAGCCAGAAUAUAUUUAG